UCUAUUUUGAACCUAGCAGCGCUCCGUAGUCUGACGUUUGUUGUGAAAAUUAGGCUCCAGCUGCAAAUAGCGGCUAACAGAUCUUCAGCUGGCCGGGGUUUAGGUUACAGCAACCGGUCACAACAGGAGGAGAGUCCCGGGACGGUGAGAAGCUGCGGGUUAGUGUUUGCUAUAGCUAGGUUGUUAGCUUUAGCUUUUAGCCUGCCGUUAGCUUCAAAGACUGCUAGGAAACCAAACCGACCCGAGAGACGGAGGCACCAACCCGCGUUCAUCUCACUGACACCCAGAACCAGAACCGAACCGGUUAGCUGGUGUUAAACCGACCACUGCGCAGUGUAUGGAUCGGUGAAUCCAGUUCCCGUCAGGAUGAGCACAAAGGGAGGUGUUACGGCUCUGACCCGCAGGAACUACAGACUGGCCUCGGACACGGACAAACCCAGAUCCACAGGUAUCGUGAAUGAGAAGCUGCUGAGCGACUACCUGCAUCAUGUGUUUCCUUCCACCAAACAGGGACAGACUGUCGCCUCUCUCAGGAAGCCUCUUGGUUUCCAGGACCUGGGAUCUCACUUGGAGAAACUUCUGUCUGAGGAAGAACCUUCUGAGGAAAGCAGAGAUCAGUCUGCAGAAGGCCGCCUGGGUCCUCAGCCCGUGGUACUGGAUCACACCAGCGGCUUCGAAGGUCUUCUGUUUGUGGAUGAUGACCUGCUGGGGGUGAUCGGCCACAGUAACUUCAGCUCCAUCAGAGCCACCACCUGUGUGUUUAAAGGGAAAUGGGCCUACGAGGUUCUGAUCUCCUCCCAGGGGCUGAUGCAGAUCGGCUGGUGCACACUGAGCUGUCGCUUCAACCAAGAGGAAGGCGUAGGGGACACUCCAGACUCCUACGCCUAUGAUGGGAACCGGGUGAGGAAGUGGAACGUGACAACCACCAACUACGGAAAGUCUUGGGCAGCUGGAGACAUUGUGAGCUGUCUGAUCGACCUGGAUGAGGGAACCAUCACUUUCUGCCUGAACGGUCAGUCUCUGGGUACGGCCUUCAACAACAUUAAGACGGGCCCCGGCGUCGCGUACUUCCCCGCUAUCAGCCUGUCCUUCAAAGAAUCGGUGGCUUUUAACUUUGGCAGCAGACCGCUCAGAUACCCAGUGGAAGGCUACCUGCCCCUUCAGGACCCCCCCACUGCAGACCUGCUGAAGGCCCACAGACUGCUGGGUUACAUCAAAAAUGUUCUGUCCGUCACCAUCGAUGCCCAGGAGGAGAAGCUGUUGGAGAAAGACUCUGCAGCCUGGAGGCUUCAUGGAGAACCAACCAUUCUCAUCACUCUGGCUCACAUCUUCAACUAUUUUGCUCCUCUCAUGUGUAAGGUCUACCUGGUGGAGGAUGUUCUGAUGAACUUCUUGCUGGGGAUCCUGGAAGGAGGAGGAUCUGUGGAUGAACAUCCGCUCAUCCAGCAGCUGCUGGACCUCUUUUGGCUGCUAAUGGAGGCGAUGUUCCAGAUCCACUAUCUGCGCCUGACCACGGCCAUCUUGCGUCAUGAGAAGUCCAGGAAGUACCUGCUCAACAAUGUCCUGUUUGAUGUUCUACGUUCUGUGGUCUUCUUCUACAUUAAGACUCCUCUGAGGGUCAAGGAGGCGGGGCUGGAGGAGCUCAUCCCGACCACCUGGUGGCCCACACACUUCGAUAAAGAGGGUAAAGAUGAACGAGAGCCCACAGACGAGAGUUCAGACGAGCGUCUGAGGCGCCGAGCAUACGAGAGAGGCUGCCAGAGGCUGAAGAAGAGGAUCGAAGUGGUGGAGGACCUGCAGGUCCAGAUCCUCAAGCUGCUGCUCAACAAUAAAGAUAAAACGACGGGUGAAGCUUCUCGUUACAUUUUCCUCAACAAGUUCAGGAAGUUCCUGCAGGAAAACGCCAGCAACCGAGGGCAUCCCACAGCUCUGUGCCCUCCGGAGUACAUGGUGUGUUUCCUGCACCGCCUCAUCACCGCCGUGAGGAGCUGCUGGGAUGAAGGCAACAGGAAGAGCCCCAGCAGCCUCAGCAGUGAAGAUGCCUACGUCCCCCCGCAGCUCUUCUACAAUGGGAAGGUCGACUACUUUGACCUGCAAAGACUGGGGGGGCUCCUUUCUCACCUGAAGAAAACCCUUAAAGAUGACCUUUCCAGUAAGGCCAACAUCGUCAUCGAUCCUGCAGAGAUCCAAGCCGCUUCCAUGGACGACCUGGAUGAAGAUGAGGAGAGCGGUGCUGCUCAGAGGCCUUUCGGAGCAGCAGCGAUGGGCGGAGCUUUAGCCAGGCCCAGCUGGUUGAGUUCUCCCACUCUGGGCCGGGCCAACCGGUUCCUGAGCACGGCCGCGGUCAGCCUGAUGACCCCCAGACGGCCGCUGUCUCAACCAGAGAAGGUCAAGGUCCGGACCUUGGCUGUGGAGCAGCGUACCGAGGAGGACAUCGAAGGGAGCCACGGAAACGACGGCCUGUUGCUGGGGCGACCGCAGGAGGAGCCAGAUCAGCCAAUCACAGACAAGUCUCUGCUUGAGAUCAUCGACGGUAUCGUGAUGAUGUACAACCUGAGCGUUCACCAACAGCUGGGGAAGAUGGUGGUGGUGGCAGACGAAGUCCAUGAAUACGCCGUGGCUCUGAAGGACACGGAGGAGAAGAUCGCUCGCUGUCCUGCUCGGCGUGCUGACAUCCUGGACGAGCUCCAGAAGAGUCAAAAUGUUUUUGCAGAGAAGCUGAACCACCUGAGCCGCAGAUUGGCCUGGAUCAACGCCACCAUCUACUCCAAGGAGAAGAUGCUGGACGUCUAUUGGCUGCUUUGUGUUUGCAUCCGGACCAUCGAGCACGCCGACGCCACCGGUUCGUUGUUCGCCUUCACUCCAGAGUUCUACCUCAACGUGGCCAUGAACGCAUACAGCGCCCUCAAGAACUACUUCAGCCCUGCUAACGGCAUGGAGGAGCUGCCAGGCUAUGAAGAAACGCUGACUCAGCUCGCCGCCAUCCUCGCCAAGCACUUUGCGGACCCGCGCAUCGUUGGAACAGAUAUCAAAGAUUCCCUGAUGCAGGCGUUGGCCAGCUACGUCUGUUACCCACAAUCCCUCAGGGCGGUGGAGCGGAUCCCAGAGGAGCAGCGAGUGGCCAUGAUGAGGAACCUUCUGGCUCCAUAUGAGCAGAGGCCCUGGGCUCAGACCAAUUGGAUCUUGGUCAGACUUUGGAGGGGUUGUGGGUUUGGCUACAGGUACACCCGUCUGCCUCACCUGCUGAAGACCAAACCUGAGGACGCCAACCUGCCCAGCCUGCAGA